UCCAGUGGAAAUCUAUUGGACUGUCGCAACUGUGUGUUUUAACAGCUUGGGCUGGUGUUCUUUCUGUAAAGAGAGAUGACACCAUUUUCUAAGAAUAUGGUUUCAGUCACGCUUUGGAUACCAAUCAUAAUCCUUUUUGGUUCUCUCUGUGAUGGUGGCAAAAUCUUGGUGGUACCUUUGGAGGGAAGUCACUGGGUGAACAUGGAUAUCAUCAUCAAGGCUUUACAUGAUCAAGGACACAACGUUGAUGUAAUACGCAGCUCCAGUAGCUGGUUCAUCAAGGAGAACUCGUCUUAUUACAAUACUAUAACCAUACCUGUCACCAAAGGAAUAAAUGAAGAAUUUGUGGUAGAUGUGCUCAACAACAUGAUUGACCAUGAAAGAGGAAAGAGCUCCUGGCUAAGUGCUGUAUGGCUGUUUUGGGAUAUGAUUAGUGUCAUUUAUGAAACCCAUGAAAUGAUAUGUCAGCUUAUAACAAACAUACUUGAAAGUGAGGAAAUUCUGAAGACACUGAAGGAAAAUCAAUAUGAUCUUUUGCUCACUGAUCCAGGGUGGGGUGCAGGCAUUUUCCUGGCUCAUAAACUCAAGUUACCCAUGGUAUAUAAUGUGAGAUGGACCACUGUUGGAGAGGGACAUUUUGAGAUUGCUCCCUCUCCAUUGUCCUACAUCCCUAUCACAGGAUCUAGAAACCCAGACAAAAUGAACUUUUUUCAGCGAGUAGAGAAUAGUAUGUAUUAUUUGCUAAUGUACUUUCAAAAUGGCUAUUUUAAUUUGGCACAGUACCAAGCACUUUGUGACAAAUACUUCUAUCCACCUGUACGUUAUUAUGAACUUCUCCAGGGUGCUGAUAUAUGGCUUAUGAGGGUGGAUUUUGUUUUUGAAUUUCCACGUCCAACUAUGCCAAAUAUCAUCUAUAUUGGUGGCUUCCAGUGCAAACCAGCAAAGGCCCUUCCACAUGACCUUGAAGUCUUCAUGCAAAGUUCUGGAGAGCAUGGAGUCGUUAUCAUGUCUUUGGGGUCAUUUAUUAGUAUUCUACCAGAUGAUAUAACAGCGGAAAUAGCAGCUGCUUUUGCUCAGCUCCCUCAAAAGGUUAUUUGGAGAUACACUGGAAAAAUACCAUCUGCUUUGGGCAACAACACAUUACUGGUUGACUGGAUGCCACAGAACGAUCUUCUAGGGCAUCCAAAGACUAAAGUUUUUAUUGCUCAUGGUGGAACCAAUGGGGUACAAGAAGCUUUGUAUCAUGGUGUUCCAGUGGUUGGAAUUCCACUGUUUUUUGACCAGUACGACAAUCUUCUUCGAUUACAAAAUAGGGGAGGAGCCAAGAUACUUUCUAUUGCAACCUUAGAUCAAAAAACACUGCACGCGGCUAUACAAAAUGUAAUCAGUGAUCCAUCCUACAGACUGAAUAUGCAGAGACUGUCUCAUCUGCACAGAGAUACACCAGUUAAACCUUUGGACAGUGCACUCUUCUGGAUUGAGUUUGUAAUGAGACACAAAGGUGCUGCUCACCUUCGGUCAGAAUCUUACAAACUGCCUUGGUACUCCUAUUACUCAGUAGAUGUUGCAGUUACACUGUUCGCACUUGUUUUGAUAUUCACUCUCUCCAUAUUUUUAACAGUUAAAUAUCUUUGUUUCAAGUGCUGCAACAGAAAGAGGAAAACUGAGUGACAUAUUUGCAUAUGAAGUAGAUCACUUACAACUAAAGUACAACUUAUUUGACUGUUUUGACUGUCUUAUGUGAAAUGAAAAGAAAAUUCCAAAAAGUAUAUAAAAUUACAAAUUGCAUGUUCCCAUUAAUCAUAGUUACCUUUAAUGGAAUAAUUCACAUUAAAUUCUUCCACUGUC